AUGCCUUUGGCAUACGUACAUCUCGUGCAUCUUUCCUCUUCGAUCAGCCUUCCGGCUGCCAUUCGUGCUCUCUCGUCUGCCAACCCGCCACCUCUCAUCCUGUCCAGAGUCAUUCGGUGGAUGAUAGUGCCUUCUACCAUCGACACGUCGCUGUUGCGGACGCCAUGGGACCUGCUGCUAAUAACAUCCUCCCCAAAGCUACCAUCCGCCAUCCAUCCUCAUCUUCUCUCUCAUUACAGCCUUCAGGUCGGGAUUCCAUCGCGCCUCACCAACUCGUUGCCAUCGCACAACCAAGCUCUCCUUCAUCCAGAGCCGAAGGCGGUCCCUGCACUCACCGGAUCCCUCGAUAAGCCGCGGCUGGGCAGCACCAGUCAGACGCUGGAACUGUCGUCGGACCUCUUCGAGUGGAUCGAGGCCUUCAAGCAAACCCAUGUAGGGAGCGGCGCCAUGUCCAUGCUGAAUCUACUUGCCUUCAAACCCGGCGCGGAGCACCAUGAGUCCUACAAGCGGUAUGGUCAAGCUUUUGCAAGCUCGAUCGGCAAACGUCGCGGAGGCGAUGCGAAGCUGGUAGGAAACGUCGUGCAUGCCAAAUCAAGUUCCACCAGUGGUUCAGCAUCAUCCAUAACAGAGGCUAAGGAAUGGAGCGGAACCAAGACCGUGGGUAAUGGCGGCAACAACGAAACAGCUGAGCGCUGGGAUGAGUUUGCUCUGGCUCAUUACCCUAGCAUCGAGCAUUUCGCUGACAUGCUGGCAAGCGAGGACUAUCAAGCUGUCAACCUCAAAGACCGGGUGCCCAGCCUGAGGGAUACUUGCAUACUGUGCACAAGUGAGAUAGCGGUGGAGGAAAUAUUGCAGCAAGAUGCAGGGAAGAGUAAACUCUAA